ACCGGAGUGGGUGCAUCACCGGCUCUAUAAAAGGGAACUGCAGCUGCAGUGGCCAGGUUAUUCGGAAGACGAACAUGGACCGAAGAGUGACAGCGAUUUGUUUGGCUAUCCUGCAGCUGGGGGGCAGUGCCCUCUGUUUCCAGGACAAGGCUCCGGUGCAGACGAGCCUGAUCACCGGACAGGCCAGGAACGACAAGCAGCAACAGGUGCUGGACGAUCCGCUGGGAAGUGGUCGCGGCAUUGAUGAGCACCUGCUGAAGACCAUUGGUAAGGGCGGCAUCAAGCUGGUGAUGGCAUCCGGCACCCCGACGACCACACCGAAACCGUCAGUACAACAUCAUUACUAUUAUCCACCAGAGGAUCAGCAGCAUCCGCGCCAGUACGGCUAUGGUCCUCCGCCGCCUUGGUCUCCGGGUCCGGCUUACCCGCCGCCUCCUCCGCCCCCACAGCGUCCUUGGGGCCCACCGCCUCCUCCUCCGCCGCCAGGACCUCAGCCCUACAAUCCCUACUACAAUGGCUACUACGGUGGUUUCGGCGGUUACGGCGGCUUUGGCUAUGGUGGCUUUGGCUAUCCUGGCUAUCCUGGCUUCUCCGGCUAUCCUGGCUAUCCGUACUACCCCUUCUAUCGCUCAGCGACGGUCGGCGAUGUGGAUAACCAGUUGCCCGGUCCCGAAGGACUUACCCCCUCCGCCAUUCCUGGCGUUUUUCAGGGCAGGGCCGUGUUGUCCCAGAACUUCCUCGAGGGCAGGAACAGCGCCAACAUCGUGCCACUUUAUCACCUUUUGCAAAUGGCCAGGGCUUAAAUACUGUCAACGAAUCCUUAAUAAACAACUGAAUGAAAUAUACACUACA